AGCUCCAGGGACCCUAGGUUUUCUAUGGGAUUCCCAGUCUGCAGCAGAGAUUCACCCGAGCGUGUUGCGGCGACGGCUCGGCUGGCAGGGCGCGAUCCAGGAGGGAUUUAAGCAGCCCUGAGCUCCGAGAAAAAAGAGCGAGCGAGCGAGCGAGCGAGCGAGCUAGAGAACCACGUAGACAGACGUUUUAACCGUUUGCCAGUUAAAUAUAGGCAUACAUAUAUUUAUUUAAAAGAACUGUUGAGUCUUUACCGUUUUCGUUAACUGACCGUGCGCAGCGCUGUAACUGCACAAUGGGGAAACAGAAUAGCAAACUGGCCCCUGAAGUCAUGGAGGAUCUGGUGAAGAGCACAGAGUUCAAUGAGCAUGAACUCAAGCAGUGGUACAAGGGGUUCCUCAAGGACUGUCCCAGCGGGAGGCUGAACCUGGAAGAGUUCCAGCAGCUCUAUGUGAAGUUCUUCCCUUACGGGGACGCCUCCAAGUUUGCCCAGCACGCCUUCCGAACCUUCGACAAGAAUGGGGACGGCACCAUCGACUUCCGAGAGUUCAUCUGCGCCCUGUCCAUUACCUCCAGGGGCAGCUUCGAGCAGAAGCUCAACUGGGCCUUCAACAUGUACGACCUGGACGGCGACGGCAAGAUCACCCGGGUGGAGAUGCUGGAGAUCAUAGAGGCUAUCUACAAAAUGGUGGGCACUGUGAUCAUGAUGAAAAUGAAUGAGGAUGGUCUCACACCUGAGCAGCGAGUAGACAAGAUUUUCAGCAAGAUGGAUAAGAACAAAGAUGACCAGAUUACUCUGGAUGAAUUCAAAGAAGCUGCAAAGAGCGACCCGUCCAUUGUAUUACUUCUGCAGUGUGACAUUCAGAAAUGAGCUGGUGUCUAUACCAUGGACUGCACGGAGGUGUCAACGUCCCAUUCAGUCUGCAGCUACACACACACACACACACACACACACACACACACACACACACACACACACACACAGUCGCUUGGACUACCUAUAAAUGGACUUGCUUCUUGUGUUUGAAACACUUGUGUGCAUGAGAAUGUCAUUUGCUGAUGAAUUUUAAAAGCAUAUACUAUAAAAACAAACAGAACAACCUGCCACAAUGUGAUAUGUGUAAGAUCAUUUCAUACAAAUACUCCUCUUCCAAAGCCUGGGCAGAAAUGUGCUGCAAAGAAUUCUAUGAUUUCUGGUACAUGUUUUGCUAAUGCUUGUGUCUCCUUGAUUACAUAAUUUUAGUAGCACUGAGACCCCCACGGUAAUGUACCUUAAUUAUGAGCUGUGUCACCAUUCUCCUGUAAAAUAGUACUAGACAGACACACAGAGGGGCACUUCACUCCUGUGUCUGGUCCACACACAACAGCUUGUAUUAUCAGUGAAUAUAAAUGUACUAUAUUUGCAUGCCUUUUGGGUUUGCCUUAAUUCUCACCUCAUCUGCAUCCUAUCAAUCUGGAAAGAGCUGUUUUGGAUGAAUGCAGUAUAAAAUUUAAAAAUCCUGCUAAAUGACUCAUUAAGUAUAUCUAUCUAUCUAUAUAUACAUAUACACAAAGAAUAUUUAUUGAAAGUAAAGAUAUACAAAGAUAUUAUUUAUUGAAAGUAAAAAAAAAAGAUAGAAAUGUAUUGAUUCCCACUUAUUUUCAAAGACUUCCAAAAAAGGUGGUAAUUGAUUACACAAUUUCUAACAUUUUAUUUACCUUCCCCUUUACAAUUAAACGAAACAGAUGCUCAUAAGCAAAAGUCAGCCAGCAACAACUUACUAAAUAUUUUCAAUACAUAUCUUUGGAGUUUGAAGAACUAAAUGACAAAAGGGAAAUAAAGCAACUUCUUCAUCCAGGCCAUUUCCCCAAAGAGGGACACUCCACAUGGCAUGUAACAUUUAAAAGAGACUUGUUCAUUAUGAAAAAAUGCUCAUUAUAUGACAAUAAACUAUAUCUCAGUGUGA